AUGAAUCUCAGGAAAAACCCCAAGAAUACACCAAAGAGCGCAGAAAAUGAUGAGAUGAGAGGUCUUCGUAAAAUCGCACAAUUUGAAACCGAGGAAGACGCCACCUCCACUCAGGUUAAUGUUUUCGAGCAGAAUUCAUUUGGAUUGGCCGAUGCUGAUGCACCAGCUCACAGUUCUGCAGGAAUUCAGUCGUCACGCAAACGAAAGGCAGGAGGGACCAUCGCCCUAAGUGGUGGUCAGAAAAGGGCCAAUGUAGCUUUAGCACCUACCCGACCUUCAAGAAAGGCAAAAAGACCGACAAAUCAGUACGAUAUCAUGAUGUCGGAACUUGGCUCUAUGAAUGCGAUGCUGAGAUCUUCUUUAGGAGAAGGUUCGAACAGACUUUACCCGGUUGGAUACGAAAGUCAAUCUGAACGAUAUGGUGCAGAUAUCACUUUCGAGGCUAUCAAAAGUUCAGUCGCGAACGGGGAAUCAGUAGGGAACUAUUCGCCCGAAAUAUUGGAGCAACUAGGCUUUUCAAAUCCCGGCAGUAACCAGGAAGAAGAUUACGAGAUGGGAGUCAAUGGACGUGAGAUUCAAGAUGGAGAGGAAAGCGAUCCCGAUGACUUUCUUUUCUCGAUCCCAAAGGACCCGUCACAGACAACGCCAGGAUAUUCUGCCUGGAAAGAAACGAACCCAGAGUCACUGGACGCCAGAAAGGGCACCUCAAAGUGA